CUUAACUGUUUUUCAAAUUUAUUUUUUAUUUUGCUUCUUGCGUAAAUAGAAGCAUCAAGCAUCCCCUGUCUACGGCUUCUAGUAUAGAUUAGCUUCAAUUUGCUACUAGCAAAAGCAGAGAUUAACUCACUCUUUGUUAAAUUACUAGAUUCUGUAACAAAUUCUGAUAACAUCAAGGAUCAUCAUGCCUCGACAAAUUCAAAUACGUUCAGCUUCAAAUAGAGUGGACACAAGUGUGGCUGUUGAUAGGGAAGAAUCUCAUCCGGCCAUUUAUACUCCAGGACAGAUUAUUACUCAACAAAAUGGUUUCAUGAGAGGUCACGGUACUUAUGAAGAAGAUGGAGUACUCAAGGCAUCAGUUGCUGGUGUUCAAGAAAAAGUUAACAAUUUAAUUUCUGUACGCCCUUUGAAAAGUAGGUAUAAUGGUGAAAUUGGAGAUGUUGUUGUUGGUCGAAUAACUGAAGUUCAACAGAAAAGGUGGAAGGUGAAUACAAAUGCUCGAUUAGAUUCUGUUUUAUUGCUAUCUGGAGUUAAUUUGCCAGGAGGGGAAUUGAGACGGCGUUCUGCAGAAGAUGAACAUAUGAUGAGAAAAUAUCUUCAAGAAGGGGACCUUAUAAGUGCUGAAGUUCAGAGUAUAUUUUCAGAUGGCUCUUUAUCCUUACAUACUAGAAGUUUAAAAUAUGGAAAGCUUGCCCAAGGGUUCUUGGUGAAAGUCUCCCCCUCUCUCAUUAGAAGAAGUAAAACACAUUUUCUUAAAUUACAAAUUGGGAUUAAUCUAAUUUUGGGAACAAAUGGUUUCAUAUGGAUAUAUCCUUUUUCUAAUGAUUCUGAUGAAAGUGUUGGUGGAUUUAUUCUUAAUUCAGAAGAGGUGAUUCCUGAGAAUGUAAGAAUAAUAAUGACUAGAGUGAGGCAGUGUAUUUUGGCUUUGGCCCAGAGUAAAAUAAUGUUGUAUGAUACAAGUAUUUUGUUUGCUUAUGAGGAAUCAAUGAAAUAUUCCAUAUCUCAAUUGAUUAUUCCUGAAGCUAUGGUUGAUAUAGCACUUUUAACACAACAUCGUUUGAUUUUAGCUGAAAAUGAAUGAAAUAUUGUUAGACUUUCGUACAUUGAAAAUUUUUGUUUUGUACAUUUGAAUAAUAAAGAAAUUAUUUCAAU